GACACCGAGAGAAGGGCUGGGGGCUGCGGGGGGCUCAGAGGAACCGGGCACCCCCUGGAGCCCCCGGAACACGGGGGGCAGCGGCACGGAGCACCCCGAGUCCCGAGCAGAGCCGGGGGGGCGCUGGGGGCGUCCGCAGGGUCCAAAAAUGGGGUGACCCCCCCAUAACCCCCCCGGCGGCCCUGCCAGGGUCGGGGGGCUGUGCCCCGCUCGGCCCUGAGGUCACCGUGUCCCCCCUGGGGGUGGGGGGGUCCCCAAGGAGGCUGAAGGGACCCUCCCGUCCCUGUGCCCCCUCCCCAAAUAAAGGAGAGCCCUCCCCGCUGGGCUGGGCCGCUCCUCGGGGGGUCCCCAACACCACCGGGACCCCCGGGACGCCCCCCGGGGAGGCUCCAGCCCGGGAGGGGAGGGGGGGAUCAUCGCCACCGUGACCCCUCCCCAGCCCCCGGGGUGACCCUGGCUCCCCGCACCGGGAGGGGCUGGACCCCUCUCCCACCCCCCAUCGCUGCCCCAUCCCCGGGAUCUGGGGGGUCCCCCGUGCCCUGCUGGGCUGCUGCUCCCCCUGAAUCCCCCCGCGGUGACCCCAGAGCCCCCCCGGGAUGGGUUUGUGGCAUCAUCGGCAGGGGCAGCGCUCCCCGCUCGGCGCCUGCGCUGGCAGCGCCGCCGGAGCCUCCGCCGGCCUGGCACGGCCCGAAUUGGGGGUGUCCCCCCCUUCCCCUCCCCGGGCUGCCCCCGGAGCCCCCCCAGAGCCGAGCGAGCCCCGCACCCAUGGGCUGAACGCAUCCGGCAUCCUCCAGCGCCGGGAGCCGCCGGCGCAGACCGGCCUGGGGCUUGCGGGAAACAAAACCCCCACCCCCAAAAGAAAAUAACCCAAACCCCCUCGGCGUGGUGCUGGGGGGGUCAGCGAGCCCCCCGGGACCCCGUGAGGGACCCCCCGGGUCGCCCCGAGGAGCUGCGGAGCCGCCGGCCCCGGUUUGAGGAGCGACAGCGCCGGUAGCAGCAGGUGCCCCCAUGGCGUCGUUCCGCAUCCGGCAGUACCAGGAGCAGGACUACGAGGCCGUCCGAGCUCUCUUCGCCCGCGGCAUCCUGGAGCACGCUCCGGCCGGCUUCCGGCACGUGCUGCGGGCGUCGCGGGUGCGCCUGGCGCUGCUGGCCGUCUUCGUGGCCGCGCGGGCGGCCGCCGGCUCCUGGGUGCUGGGGCUGGGCGCGGUGGCGCUGGCGCUGGUGCUGCUGUGGCUGCUGGUGCGCUCGGUGUGCGCCGAGUACGUGCGCGAGGCGCUGGGCACCGACCUGUGCGACGUGGCCGGCACCUACCUGCGCUCGCCCGACUGCCGCUUCUGGGUGGCCGAGGAGGGCGGCGCGGUGGUGGGCAUGGUGGCGGUGGAGCCGGCGGGCGGCGGCGAGCUGGAGCUGAGGAGGAUGUCGGUGGGCCGGGAGCACCGGGGCCGCGGGCUGGCGCAGGCGCUGUGCCGGGAGGUGCUGGCUUUCGCCCGCGCCCGCGGUUACGGCGCCGUGGUGCUCAGCACCUCCGUGGUGCAGGUGGCGGCGCAGCGGCUCUACGAGGGCGUGGGGUUCCGUAGGGUGGGCGCUUCCUCCCCCUCGCUGCUGGGCACCUUGCUGAACUUCCAGGUCCUGCGCUACCGCCACGAUUUGGGGGAUGGCGCCAAGUAGGGCCCGAGCGGCGCCUGGAACGGGCGGUGCCGCCCCGGGAGGAACCCCAAACCUGGCACAGGAGAUGUUGUUCUGGGAGGAACCCCAAACCUGGCACAGGAGGUGUUGUUCUGGGUGAAACCCCAAACCUGGCACAGAAGGUGUUGUUCUGGGUGAAACCCCAAACCUGGCACAGAAGGUGUUGUUCUGGGAGGAACCCCAAACCUGGCACAGAAGGUGUUGUUCUGGGUGAAACCCCAAACCUGGCACAGAAGGUGUUGUUCUGGGUGAAACCCCAAACGUGGCACACGAGGUGUUGCCCCAGAAGAAACCCCAAACCUGGCACACAAGGGGUUGUCCUGGGAGAAACCCCAAAACUGUUGCUCUGGGAGAAACCCCAAACCUGGCACACGAGGCAUUGUCCUGGGUGAAACCCCAAUCCUGGCACAUGAGUUGUUGUCCCAGGACAAACCCCAAACCUGUUGCCCCAGGAGAAACCCCAAAUCUGCACACAAGGGGUUGCUCUGGGAGGAACCCCAAACCUGGCACAGGAGGUGUUCCCCAAGAGAAACCCCAAACCUGGCACAGGAGGUGUUGUCCUGGGACAAACCCCAAACCUGGCACAGGAGGCGUUUCCCCAGUCCCAGCCCCGUGAGGCGCUGCCAUGGCCCCAAAACCCGGCCCCGGCCGCCAGGCGAUGUCACCCCAACCUCAAACAGAGAAAUUAACAAUUAGGAACAGCGUAUAAAGAAAUGCUUUGAGUAGAAGAAGGGGCUACAAAACUCGUGUGAAGAGCUGAGUGCUCCCACAAGGGCAGGAGGAGAAUAAAGACUGAAGAUAAGGAGUGCAAUGAAAUAAAUAAAUUGGGUGCAAGGAUAAAGGCGCCGUAGGAUGAGGGGGUUCCUUGGAUUCUUUGUGGAUUCUUUGGACUUCUGCUAAUUUUAAUAGGAACAGGGACAAGCAGGGUUAGCAAAUGAAUAUGUGUUAGGCAUAUCGUGUAACCCUAGUCUGUAGAGAAUAAAAAAGGGAGAAACGAGUCUCCGAGGUGUGCGUGCCUCAGGAGGAAUGAUCCCUCAGCGCUGAAUAAAUUCAGACCUGCUCUCAUAA